CCGCGUGACGUUUGUGACGCCAAACAGCCGGAGCCCAACGCCUCGAUCAGCUGUUUCGGGAGUUUAAAUAAAUUAAUAAUAAUAAUUCUACAAUUUGGUUGUUGUUGUGGUUGUUGUUGGUUGUUGUUGUUGUUGUCAACGUCGUCAGAAUGAAGUGGAUGUUCAAGGAAGACCACUCUCUGGAUCACCGCAGCGUGGAGGCGACCAAGAUCCGUGCCAAAUACCCGGACCGUGUACCGGUGAUCGUUGAGAAGGUCGCCGGCUCCCACAUCGGAGACAUCGACAAGCGCAAGUACCUGGUGCCGGCCGACAUCACCGUCGCGCAGUUCAUGUGGAUAGUGCGCAAGAGGAUCCAGCUCGCAGCCGAGAGGGCAAUCUUCCUCUUCAUAGACAAGACGGUGCCACAGUCGAGUCUGAGCAUGGGCCAGCUGUACGAGGAUCACAAGGAUGAGGACGGGUUCCUGUACGUGGCCUACAGCGGCGAGAGCACCUUCGGCUGACUGCGGAGACACGGAGACACGGGGACGCGGGGACACGGAGACGCGGAGACACGGGGACGCGGGGACACGGAGACGCGGGGACACGGGGAAACGGAGACGCAGAGACGCGGGGA